CACAUAUUCUUUUGGCGGGAUAAAAAUAUUGAGAAAUUGCACCGUUUCAGUCAGGCAUAUUAGCAGUUUCAGGUUUAGUUUAACAUUUACCUUGUAAAUGUAAAUAUUGAUAGAGAUGUGGAAGUUGAAGAUAGCAGAAGGUGAUGAUCCAUGGUUAAGGACUACAAACAAUCAUGUCGGAAGGCAGAUUUGGGAAUUUGACCCUGAUUUUGGAACUUCUGACAACAUUAGAGAAGUUGAGGAGGCUCGAGAAAAUUUUCGGAAGCAUCGAUUUGAGCAGAAGCAAAGUUCAGAUUUACUUAUGCGAUUGCAGCUUACAAGGGAAAAUCCAUGUACUGUGGUCUUACCGCAAGUCAAGGUUAAAGAUGACGAUGCAAUAACAGAUGACAUUGUUAAAAUUACUCUAAAAAGGGCUCUCAACUAUUAUUGCUCUCUCCAGGCACAUGAUGGGCACUGGCCCAGUGAUUAUGGUGGUCCGAUUUUCUUAAUGCCUGGAUUGGUAAUUGCAUUGUCAGUUUCUGGGGCUCUAAAUACUGUCUUAUCGAAACAGCAUCAACAGGAAAUGUGUCGCUACCUGUACAAUCAUCAGAAUAGGGAUGGCGGGUGGGGUUUUCACAUUGAAGGUCACAGUACCAUGUUUGGUACUGCCUUGGUAUAUGUUACGUUAAGGUUGCUUGGUGAAGGACCUGAUGAUGGUGAUGGAGCCAUGGAGAGUGGACGCAAUUGGAUUUUGGAACAUGGAAGUGCUACCGCAAUAACUUCAAUCGGGAAAUGUUGGCUUUCGGUACUUGGGGUAUUUGAUUGGGCUGGUAAUAAUCCAAUGCUUCCUGAGAUGUGUCUUCUGCCAUAUUUUCUUCCUAUUCAUCCAGGUAGACUGUGGUGUCACUGUCGAAUGGUUUAUUUGCCUAUGUCAUACUUAUAUGGAAAGCAAUUUGUCGGUCCUAUUACACCAAUAAUUAGGUCACUGCGAAGGGAGCUGUACAAUGUUUCAUAUCAUGAUGUAGAUUGGAACAGAGCUCGUAAUGAAUGUGCACAGGAAGAUCUGUACUAUCCUCGCCCUUGGGUGCUGGAUGUACUUUGGGAAUUUCUUCACAAAAUGGUUGAACCAAUUUUGAAGCGAUGGCCAGGGAAGAUGUUGAGAGAGAAAGCACUCUCAUCUGUCAUGGAACAAAUACACUAUGAUGAUGAGAAUACCCAAUAUAUAUGUGUUGGGCCUGUUAGCAAGGCGUUGAAUAUGCUUUGUUGUUGGGUAGAAAAUCCAAAUUCUGAAGCAUUCAAGUUACAUAUUCCUCGAAUUUAUGAUUACCUUUGGAUGGCUGAGGAUGGCAUGAAAAUGCAGAGUUACAAUGGUAGUCAAUUAUGGGAUACCGCAUUUAGUGUUCAAGCAAUUCUUGCUACAAAUCUUUCUGAAGAAUAUAUUACUACUCUUAAAAAAGCACUUACGUUUUUCGAGAAUUCACAGGUUAGGGAAGAUAACCCUGGUGAUCUUAGUUACUGGCAUCGCCAUAUCUCAAAAGGGGCGUGGCCUUUCUCAACUGCUGAUCAUAGAUGGUCCAUCUCCGAUUCUACCUCUGAAGUACUAAAGGCUGUGCUUUUAUUGUCAAAUUUUCAUUCAAAUAUGAUUGGUGAUCCUUUAAAAGAGAAGCAUCUGUAUGAUGCAGUAAACAUCAUUCUUUCUCUACAGAACCUUAAUGGAGGUUUUUCGACAUAUGAACUUUCACGUACCUACCAUUGGGUGGAGUUACUUAACCCAGCAGAAAAUUUUGCUGAUAAUUUCAUUGAUUCUCCUUAUGUCGAGUGUACUUGCUCUGCUAUUGAAGCCCUAGUAUCAUUCAGAAGAUCGUAUCCUGGUCAUAGGGGAGAAGAGAUACAGAAAAGCAUCAAACAGGCAGUCAGGUUCAUUGAAAAGCAACAAGCAGCAGAUGGCUCAUGGUAUGGAUCCUGGGCAGUUUGCUUCACAUAUGCAACAUGGUUUGGGAUCAAAGGAUUGGUUGCUGCUGGAAAAAACUAUGACAACUGUCCAAGCAUUCGUAAAGCAUGCGACUUUUUAUUAUCUAAACAACUUGCCUCUGGUGGCUGGGGAGAGAGCCAUCUUUCAUGCCGAAAUAAGGUUUAUACAAAUCUCGAGGGUAAAAAAUCUCAUUUAGUGAAUACAGGGUGGGCUAUGCUGGCUCUUAUUGACGCUGGGCAGGCCAAAAGAGAUCCUGAACCAUUGCACCGUGCAGCAAAAGUUUUGAUCAAUUCUCAGAUGCCAAAUGGAGAUUUUCCACAGCAGGAAACCAUUGGUAUUCUUAGUAGAACCUGCACAAUAACAUAUGCUGCAUAUGGAAACAUCUUCCCUAUUUGGGCUCUUGGUGAAUAUCGCACUCGAGUGCUUCAGACUUCAUGAGAGGAUGUCCAUUUCACUGGUCACAACCUUAUAUAGAUUGGUCUGCUCUUGAAGCCUGUUGAUGAAGCUCUUUUGCUGAUCUGAUACUAUGUUCUAAAAGCCUUGCAGUUUCUGAUACUACGCUUCACUUAUACCAGAGACAGACAGAGACGCACCCAGAAUUUGAAGAAUGGGGUUGCAUAACUUAAACUCUUUAGGUUGAUGCAACAUUAACAGAUUUUUCAAACAUGGUUUUUAAGAUUUCAUAAUCCAAAAAUAGAGAGUGAAUAUGUAAUAAUGGCUAAAAGUUGUUCUGGUGGUACAAAGUUUUCAUAGUUCGCUUUCUUCUACGGCGGACAAACUACGAUUAUAACACUAGUGACGAGAUACAAUUAUCUUUUAUUAAUUUUGUUAUUUAUUAUUUUAGUCUAAUUAAUUGAGUUUAUUA